AUGGAAGAGAAGCAUUUUGAUUUUUGGCUUCCAGACUUGUUCCGAGUUCUCAGAUCUUGCACACUUCCAUUUUGCCGGAAACCACACUUUCUGUUUCCACCGCCAUCACAUUCAUCAUUCCUCUUCUCAAUCUUCUUUUCAGUAAGAAUGUAUAAUAAUAUUGGAUCCCAGCCUGGGGUGCAACCUCCGCCAAACACGCAACCAAAUCCUUUUGGAAGUGCAUUUCAAGUUGCUGGUUCAGGACUUAUUCGAGGUGGAUUGGGUGCAUAUGGAGGAAAAAUAUUAGGAUCUAGCUCUGAGUAUGUCCAAAGCAAUAUAAGUCGUUAUUUCUCUGAUCCCCAAUACUACUUUCAAGUCAAUGAUCAUUAUGUUAAGAACAAAUUGAAGGUGGUUUUGUUUCCGUUUCUGCACAGGGGUCAUUGGACUAGAAUCACUGAACCAGUCGGUGGUAGGCUCUCCUAUAAACCACCGAUAUAUGACAUUAAUGCACCAGACCUUUACAUUCCAUUAAUGGCAUUUGGAACCUACGUUGUUCUUGCUGGCCUCUCAUUGGGUCUUCAUGGAAAGUUUAGUCCAGAAGCAUUGAACUUGUUAUUCAUCAAGGGAUUGCUUGGUUGGUUUAUGCAAGCUGCACUGCUUAAGGUGACGUUACUUUCAUUGGGAAGCGGCGAAGCUCCCUUGCUCGACAUCAUAGCAUAUGCUGGAUAUACUUUCACCGGCAUCUGUUUGGCUGUUCUUGGAAGAAUAAUAUCCGGCUACUCCUACUACUUUUUAAUGCCAUGGACCUGUUUAUGCAUGGGAGUGUUCUUAGUAAAAACAAUGAAGCGAGUCCUUUUCGCAGAGGUCAGAAGUUACGACUCUAGCAAACAUCACUAUCUCUUGCUCUUUAUUGCUUUGGUUCAGUUCCCAUUGUUCACUUGGCUUGGCAACAUUACCAUCAAUUGGCUUUUGUAG